CUUGGUUUCCUCCGAUUUCUUAUGAACCCAGGAUGGGCAGCAAGGAAGAUGCAGGCAAGGGGUGUCCGGCGGCCGGCGGCGUCUCCAGCUUCACCAUUCAGUCCAUCCUGGGCGGGGGCCCCUCCGAGGUGCCACGGGAGCCCGCCGGCUGGCCGGCCAGGAAGCGCAGCCUGUCCGUGUCCUCGGAGGAGGAGGAGCCGGACGACGGCUGGAAGGCACCUGCCUGCUUCUGCCCAGACCCGCACGGCCCCAAGGAGCCGGGCUCCAAGCAUCACCCCCCCAUCCCCUUUCCUUGCCUGGGUACCCCCAAGGGCAGCGGAGGCGCGGGGCCCGCGAGCUCGGAGCGCACGCCUUUCCUCUCUCCUUCGCACCCGGACUUUAAGGAAGAGAAAGAGAGGCUCCUGCCCGCGGGCUCGCCGUCGCCAGGGCCCGAGCGGCCGCGGGACGGCGGCGCCGAGCGGCAGGCGGGCGCCGCCAAGAAGAAGACGCGCACGGUCUUCUCGCGCAGCCAGGUGUACCAGCUCGAGUCCACCUUCGACAUGAAGCGCUACCUGAGCAGCUCGGAGCGCGCCUGCCUCGCCUCCAGCCUGCAGCUCACCGAGACCCAGGUCAAGACUUGGUUCCAGAACCGCCGCAACAAGUGGAAGCGGCAGCUCUCGGCCGAGCUGGAGGCGGCCAACAUGGCGCACGCGUCGGCGCAGACUCUGGUGGGGAUGCCGCUGGUGUUCCGGGACAGCUCGCUGCUGCGGGUGCCGGUGCCGCGCUCGCUCGCCUUCCCGGCGCCGCUCUACUACCCCGGCGGCAACCUCUCGGCCUUACCUCUCUACAACCUCUACAACAAGCUCGACUACUGA